UCCUAACUGUUUGUUCCUUUUAACAGUCAAGCCCAUCUUCUCCAGAACCUGCCAGUCUUCCUGCAGAAGACAUCAGCACAAGCUCUAAUGGUCCAAAGCCUGCAGAAAUCAUACUAGAUGAUGACAGGGAAGACCUUUUUGCUGAAGCUACAGAAGAGGUUUCUCUGGACAGUCCAGAAAGGGACCCAAUACUGUCUUCAGAUCCUUCUCCUGCAAUCACUCCUGUAACACCCACUACAUUAGUAACUCCCAGAAUGGAGUCAAAAAGUGUAACAGCCCCUGUGAUUUUUGAUAGAUCCAGGGAAGAGAUUGAAGAGGAAGCAAAUGGAGACCUAUUUGAUAUUGAAAUCAAUGUCUCAGACCCAGAGAAAGUUGGGGACGGCAUGAAUGCUUACAUGGCAUACAGAGUAACAACAAAGACAUCCCUUUCUAUGUUUCACCAAAAUGAAUUCUCUGUUAAAAGAAGAUUCAGUGACUUCCUUGGUUUGCACAGCAAAUUAGCAACAAAAUACCUGCAUGUUGGUUACAUUGUGCCUCCAGCUCCAGAAAAAAGUAUUGUAGGCAUGACCAAGGUUAAAGUAGGCAAGGAAGAUUCAUCAUCUACAGAAUUUGUAGAAAAAAGAAGAGCUGCACUAGAACGGUAUCUACAGCGAACAGUAAAACACCCAAUCUUGUUACAGGAUCCUGAUUUAAGGCAGUUCUUGGAAAGUUCUGAGGUAUUUAAGAUUUUUUUUUUUAAGUUCUACUUAUUCUCUAGUUACUUUGUUUCAAGACUUGCAUUUAGAAAUCAAUCUGCCAGAGCAGGAAUAUUGAGGAUGGUGAACAAGGCUGCCGACGCUGUCAACAAAAUGACAAUCAAGAUGAAUGAAUCGGAUGCAUGGUUUGAGGAAAAACAGCAACAAUUUGAGAAUUUGGAUCAGCAACUUAGAAAACUUCAUGCCAGCGUAGAAGCCUUAGUCUGCCAUAGAAAAGAGCUUUCAGCCAACACAGCUGCCUUUGCUAAAAGUGCUGCCAUGUUAGGUAAUUCUGAGGAUCACACUGCUUUGUCUAGAGCUCUGUCUCAACUUGCAGAGGUUGAGGAGAAAAUAGACCAACUACAUCAAGAACAAGCUUUUGCUGACUUUUAUGUGUUCUCAGAACUGCUUGGUGAUUACAUUCGUCUCAUUGCUGCAGUAAAAGGUGUAUUAGAUCAUCGAAUGAAAUGCUGGCAAAAAUGGCAAGAUGCUCAGGUCACUUUACAGAAAAAACGGGAGGCUGAAGCAAAGCUCCAACUUGCCAACAAACCUGAUAAAUUGCAGCAAGCUAAAGAUGAGAUAAAGGAGUGGGAGACAAAAGUUCAACAAGGAGAAAGAGACUUUGAACAGAUCUCCAAAACCAUACGCAAAGAAGUGAGCAGAUUUGAGAAAGAACGAGUGAAAGACUUUAAAACUGUUAUCAUCAAAUACUUAGAAUCAUUAGUGCAAACACAACAGCAGCUUAUAAAAUAUUGGGAGGCAUUCCUACCUGAAGCCAAAGCCAUUGCCUAGAAAGAAGAAUAUUCCAAAUCAGAAGACACUUUGGAUGUUUGUCUCAGUUAAGCUAAAUUCCACAGUGAAAUCACUUCAGAAUCAUUCAAAUAAACCACUAUAUAUUUUAUGAAUUAACAUGUGUCUUUUUUAUAAAAUACAGCAUUUUAUUAACAAGCUGCAUGUCCUGACGCUCUUUGAAGUGGACUGUGGCAUGAUAUUCUGUAAUAUUUUGCUGAAUUGAACACUAUUGUGUCUUAAUACUUGCACUAAAAUGUGCACUGCAAGGCCAGAAAGUUACAAUAUUUUUGUUCUUUACAAUAUGAUAUGUUCUGUAGUAUGUUUACCUGAUCUUUAUUAAAUAAAUUUAAUUGCAUUGAUUAUUGUUCACUUACACAUUCCUGUACAAAAUCAUGAUUUUUGUGAUUACAAAAAUAAAGGGAUGUACCUU